UGCGUUCGCCUUGUGUUGUAGAUUUAUCUUUAGCACGUUUGCGCUCUUACCGUCUGGUACAAUAUGAAACAAUAUUUGACGUUCGUAUAUUCUGUGCCAUAUAAGAAAAUUGUGUUUGUUCUUUUGACCUCUUUGGUAAUUAUAAUGCUUGUCUAUCAACCGUAUUUACAUCGGAAGGGCUUGCAAUUGCCUCCGCCGACAGUACAUAUUCAGCUUCCCCACCUAGCAACGUCUGAUAUGACCGCCAACACCACCACUGUCGUGACGGCGUAUUUUGAUCUGGGAUCAUUUCGCAAAGGUUCUGCCAAUAACAUCUUUACGAAGAAAACCUAUGACAACUGGAGUGCAGUUUUUAAAUACAUUUUAAACCCAUUGAUUGUUUACACGGACUCGCACGAAUUUGCAGACAGAAUGAGUCAUAUUCGGACAACGAGAAACGAAACAACCAAAAUAAUCGUGAUUCAACGAAAUUCAUCUUGGGCAUUCAAUUUACGAGACAGAAUUUUCGCCAUUUAUUCUCAAAAAGGUUACCCUAAACACUACCCUAACACCGUGUUACCCGAUUAUGCCUGCUCACAAAUAGCCAAAUAUGAGGUCCUUGGAACGGCCGCACGUGACAAUACGUUCAACACGCACUACUUCAUGUGGCUUGAUAUCGGCUAUUUCCGGGACAGGAAGUCCACUACAUUAUUCCGAUUGAAUAGACCGCCAAAUUUCAACGAAAAUAUGGUAGCCAUGAAUUUGAUAUUGUUUAACGCAAAUCUUUCAUUGUCACCGGAAGUUAUUUUUAAAAACAAUUUACUGUGGAUCGGAGGCGGUCUCGUCUUCGCAAACCGCUUGACUAUUCUUGCGUAUGAAAAUCAAUUCCGCCAGGCAGUGGAGUAUUUUAUGUCUCUGUCUCUCAUGAACACGGAUCAGCAAAUUAUCUACGCCAUGUUCAGCGUUGAAGGAAGGAUCGCGCUUAAGCCGGCUACUGAGAUCCAGGCGUAUAAGCCACCAACCGAGUACAACUGGUUUUAUCUUGGCUAUCUUAUGCUUCAUGAAGAGUCGCCCUAAAAAACAUGUGCGUGCUGGAAGUGCGUGUAGUUCAGAGAGCAUGGCUGCAGUAAAUGAUUGCCGUUAUAUGAAGCUCUAAGUCUAAGCAUAAUAGAACAUAAUUUUAUUCAACAGAAUUAAAGUAUUCGUGUGUGUGAUCUAAGAUUGGCUCAGUUACAUGCCUCGACGACAUUUGACGCGUUUGAUUGAUCGAAUUAUUUGUUCCAAUAUGCAAUUUGAAAUAUGCAGUUUUCUGGUAAUAAAAUGUAAUGACGAAAAAACAUCGGAACUCGGUUCACAGAUAAUGACUUAUAACAUUAACAAACAAGUAAAUCAAUUAUUAACAAUAUACAUUUUUAAAUCAAUUAUACAUGUAUUUAUAAGUUGCAAACUGGGAAUAAACGGCCAAACACGUCUGCUGCUUUGUCUGCAAUUAAUCACUGGUCAUCACGUUGAUAAGGCCGUUAAUCACGGGCGCCAUUAAUAAUUGAGCCAAUGCUACUUCAAAGGGGGCGCUAAAGACCGGAUGCUUUAAAAAAGUUAACGAUUAAAAAAAGAGCUAUCUUAAUUUUUUUUAGAAAUAAGUGAUAUAUUUUAGCCUAAUUAAGAUUAGUUCACUUUUGCCUUUUAGUAAAUUAACCAUUUGGAUUAGGGGAGAAAACUCAUCGUUUCAAGCGGAAGUGAUUAUUAUGUGAAUU